UUGGACCCGUAAGCUCACGUACGCACGCCCUGAUCGCACGCGCGUACACACGCGUGAUACAUAUCGGAUACGCGCGGGAUAUCUAUCAUCUACACUUAUUUUAAUACUUGGUGUAUACGACUUACGUGAACGCAUAUGCGAUAUCGCGGGGACAUAUGUAGCACUCACACGCAAGUGUGCCUCGCUGAUCCUGACCCCCCGAGAGAAGGACCGCGUGCACAGUGACGAGAGCUUCCCUUGAAGUCUUUGCAACUCUUCGUUUCCCGGAAGAAGGGGAAUUUCCUCCUGAUCGGUGUUCCUAAAUCCCGUUGUGUUCACCUAUCGAUCAACGACAGCGUAUACCAGUUUUGAACGCUGGUAUAGAGAAAUACAGUGCGAAGAGUCAAGUGGACGGAAUCUCGGUUAGUUCAAAUCUUUGAUGGGUAGCUCGGUUUGAUGCAGCGCCGCUGAAUCACGUAGGGAUCGGUGGUUUCGGUGACGACGUAGCUAGGAGCAGAAGUGGUGAAGUGCCAGCCUUUUUCUGAUUUCGGUGGAGCGUGAGUGGAAGAGAUGGCGUCGGCGGCAGCAGAAUUAGUAGCAGAGAGAGAGCCGGAGUUGAGGAUCGAGAUGACAGAUUCAAAUAGGACAUUCGGAAGUGCCCAGGGUCUAGUCAGAAUGGCUCUGGAUCAAUACACGGAAAUUCUCACGACAGUUUCCGAUCCACGUGUUAGCGACUGGCCGUUAAUGGAUUCACCCGUUCCGACAAUCCUUAUCGUGCUCCUUUAUUUGUACGUCGUUGUCAUAUUCGGCCCGCGUAUGAUGGCCAACAGAAAGCCAUAUAAACUCAGAGGAGUCCUGGUAGCAUAUAACGCGUUUCAAGUCGUCUUCUCACUAGGAAUGAUGUACGAGCAUUUAAUGUCCGGAUGGCUGUUGGACUACAGCUAUAAAUGUCAACCAGUUGAUUACUCCCACAAUCCAUCCGCUUUGAGGAUGGCAAACCUUUGUUGGUGGUACUUCAUCAGCAAAUUUACGGAAUUCGCUGACACGGUAUUCUUCAUAUUGCGCAAGAAGGAUAGUCAGGUGACAUUCCUCCAUUUGUAUCACCAUUCUCUAACACCCCUCGAGACGUGGAUCUGCGUGAAAUUUAUUGCGGGUGGUCAUGGCACCCUGGGCAAUCUCAUAAACAAUGCGGUACACGUAGUCAUGUACGCAUAUUACAUGUUAACGGCCAUGGGCCCAGAAUUUCAAAAGUACUUAUGGUGGAAAAAGCAUCUAACUACUGUACAGUUGGUGCAGUUCUUCCUGGUGUUUGUGCAUAGCGCACAGGCUCUCAUCUUCGAUUGCGGCUAUCCCAAACUGAUUGCGACCCUCCUUCUACUUCAUGCGACAAUCUUCUUCGUGCUCUUCUCCGACUUUUACAGGUCCGCUUACCGCAAAGGAAAGUCCGCAAAGGAACUCAAGGCUGAAUAGAACACACGAGGGAACAUACGAAAGGGAAAAUCUUCGUUCCGACGAACGAAACACGCAAUAUACACGUACACACAUAUCGCGUUGAAAUGUAGCUCCUUUCUACACCGGUGAACUUUUAUGCUCGUUAAUGUACCGACAGAUGAGGAACUCAUUGACCAGUCAUAUACUUGAAAAUUGAGUUAACAAAAUGAGAAAUUUAAAUAUUUAAAUAUACACACGUUUAAAUCUACGCGAGAUAUUGAAAUUCCUAAUCUACUCUGAAAAUAAUAGAAGUAUAAAUAGGUCGAUAAAAAGAAAACUAUGGCCGUCAAAAAAAAUUAUGCCGACAAUAAUUUAUAAUUCUUAUACAUAAAUAAUUACAAAGAAUUGCAAAUAGCGUAGGGGAAAAUCUCAGUCAGAAAAUUUGACAAUGGGAAAGAAGGGUUGGUUAACGGGUUAAUGCUAUUAUAUUUCUUAUCUGUUUGCCAAGGACAUACAAUGAAAAGUCUGCGAUGACACAGGAAGGAUCUGUCUAUUAUUAGAAAUGCCUUUACGUCCAGUGGCGAUCAAAUGUGAUUGUUUGAUUGCUUUUGCAGAGAUAAAUUGUAUUGGCUUCCGAUAUAUGAACAUCACGUUGAAACAUUUUUCCGAUAAUCCGUCAAACGUUUCAUUGGUGCGGAAAACGAAGAUUUCUUCCUCACAGAAGAAUAUUUUUAUUUGUUACCCUUUGUACCCUUUCCGGGCAUGUAUCUUCCACAGGAUAUCUCAGGUCUCGCGCGCACUUUGGACUAACUUCAAUAGCUUUAAAAUGUUGCCUCUAUUAUAAUUUUAAUCGGUCUCCAUCGCCCAAUUAACAUUGUUCUUUAAGAGUUUAAGAAACGUCGCGAGGAAUAAAUAAAAUAAAAUAAAUGGUAAAUGUAACUUUCUCCUUUUUGAGAAUGAAAAAAUCUAGAACUUUGAUGCUGCAAUAAACACAACAGGGAACAUAGAGACGAAACGAAGCAAUAAUAAAAUGUACACAGCUUGAAAAUUACAUUGGUUACAAUUGGCAAAAUACUCUGCCAUAAAUCAGUCUUAAAAAUUGUGCAAUUGUGUUCGAUAUUUGUAAUUUAGAAUCAAUGUAAUGUAUAAAUAUUAAAAUAAAAAUUUAAAGACUCACACGCGCGCAAUAUGUCUAAUUCUUAAAUAAUUCUGGAACCAAUUAAUUAAUGUAAAACAAAUAAAAAUAUAUCUAAGAAGCUCAUCUUUGUAUUAUAUUUAAAACAACCGAGAUUGCUACAACUUUUCAAUUCGAGAAAUGGAGCAAUCGGGAAAGGUGCAAUGUACGCUGGCCAAUGCUAUAGAGACUCCCAGAUACCGCAGUGCGACAUAGAUUACGACAGACUCUUACCAAUAAAUUUAUAUCGAAAAAUAGUUAGAAAUAUGUGAAAAAAUGCAUGUGUCCACAUCGAUGAUACAUGAUACAAAUCCCGUCUUCUUCAAAAAUCAU